AUGCCUACCAAUCACAUCGCAGUCUUGGUCGUCUUGAUAGGCAUUUUCCUGGGGACAGUGGUCCAAUGUGCACCUCUGAUUGAAGAUCCUGCACCAAUCAGCGACUUUUAUCAAUUAUUUAACAAUCCAGAAGCGCAUUUGUCGUUGGCCAAGGCCCCAACCACGAUUGAUUUUAUUGAAGAGCAUGGUUACCCAGCCGAGCGUCACUAUGUAACGACUGAAGAUGGCUACAUCAUCAGUCUGUUCCGCAUUCCCUUCUCCCACAACCUACAGAAUCAGGAUGAAAAGCGACCGAUUGUCUUUCUCCAGCACGGACUCUUUGCUAGUUCCGAUAUCUGGCCUAGUUUGGGACCGAAUGAUGGCCUGCCAUUCCUCCUUUCCGAUGCGGGAUACGAUGUCUGGCUGGGAAAUACCCGGGGCAAUAGGUUCUCGAGGAACCACACCUCUUUAACGACCAAAAAUCCAAAUUUUUGGCGCUUCAGCUGGCACGAAAUUGGAUACUAUGACAUAGCCGCAGCCAUCGACUAUACUUUGUCCACGGAAAAUGGCAAGGAUCAGGAGGGCAUUCACUAUGUGGGGCAUUCUCAGGGCACCACUGUGAUGCUGGUGCUGAUGUCCUCGAGACCAGAAUAUAACAAGAAAAUCAAGACCAGCCACUUGUUGGCUCCUGUGGCUUUUAUGAAUAACAUGGAUGACUUUAUGGUCAAUACAUUGUCUCCAUAUCUCGGAUUUAACAACCUCUACUCGAGACUCUUCUGCUCUCAGGAGUUUUUGCCGCAUAACGACUUUGUCCUGGCUUUAUUCUUUAAUGUUUGCCGACCGGAAUCGGUGGUUUCCAGUUUUUGCAGCGGCAAUGAGAGUACUCAAGUGGAGGAGGGACGAACUAAUACAACUGCCGAAUCUUUGUUUUCCGAUGUAUCGCCUGCUGGGGUCUCCACGGAUCAAAUCCUGCACUACAUGCAGGAGCAUCAAUCUGCACAUUUCCGACAGUUUGACUUUGGUACCAAAAAGAAUCUGAAGAUGUAUGGUAGUGAAGUGCCUCCGGAUUACCCCACCGAGCUGAUUACAACUAAAAUGCAUCUCUGGUAUUCCGACAACGAUGACAUGUCUGCUGUGGAGGACGUCCUCCGAUUGGCGGCCACACUGCCCAACAAGGUGAUGCAUCACAUGGAGGAUGAGCUGUGGGAUCACAUGGACUUUAUCAACAACUGGAAGGUCCGCCAGUACAUCAAUGAUCCGAUUAUAGCCUUCAUAAAUGAGUACGAGGACAAGUGA